AUGGCGACUUGUGAAUAUGUAUUUGUAUGUGAAUGGGUAUUACCAGAGACAGAGUCUUAUGAAGGAGGACUAUGCGGAUCAAAGUUUACCAACCACUCACUCUUCACCUCACACAUUCAAGACCACGAGUCCACGUUCCCCUCUGCCUCCUUUGAAGAAUGUCCUUGGAACGGCUGUCAAUAUGCACCUCUUGAUAAAUCAUUCUAUUCCUCUCAUUUGCUCUUUCACGCCUACCACACCUUCUUAAAAUUAAAAGGGGGAGAGUUUCAAGUGGCUAAGGGAUUACCAGAGUGCCAGAUGAGCAAGGACCUCAUUAAUACUUUUCCAGAGAGCCCCGAGGCUCGAAUGACCUGUUGUUCAUCGACUGCAAAGACUCUAUGGAACCUCACUGACCACACCCGUACUCACACCCACGAAAAAGUCACAGCUUGCAAUGGGUGUGGUCUUUUAUUCUCAAACACCACACGGCUCCGUGAUCACCUUCAAAGACAGGCCACGCCCUCUUCUCAGAGCCACUUCUGCAGCAUAUGCAAGAAGGCGUUUUUAACCGAGAGACUCUUAAAGGAGCACAUCAGAAAGCACAUUAACACGAUACAGUGCCCUCACUGUGCAAUGACUUGUACUAGUGAUUCUGCUCUCCUUAGACACAUCACUUACAGACACUCAAACAGCAAACCAUUCUCUUGUCCUCUUUGUCGAAAAUCAUUCAAAACAAAGUACUCGCUCUCCGACCAUCUCUCCACUCAUCGGGAGAAGUCGUUUUCGUGCUUUUCCUCUUCUUGUCAUUAUACUUGUAAGUCUGAGAAGUUGCUCCUCCAGCACAUGAAGAAUAAUCACUCAGAAAGUACAGGGGAACUCUAUUGUUGUCAUGUUUGCGAUGGAGCAAGGUUUUCUGUGGGUCUUGAGUUAACUAAUCAUUUGAAAACUGUCCAUGGGUUUCGUCUACCUCCUGGCCACUCAAGAUUUAGAUAUGUUUUGUGUGAUGAUGGUCUGAAGAGAUUACAGACAGUUAGACUGGAUAAAGAUGACAUGAUUUCAUCUAAUUCAUGA